UUCUCUUUUUAGCAGAGAUCAUUUGAUAACACUAUGAGAUACAUCCUACUCUGUGCUGCACUGUUCCUGCCUGGAAGUCUUGCUCUCCCGGUUCCGCUUAAGACAGUGCCACCGAGCUCCAAAGACCUGAAGCGUUUACAGAAUUACCUUGACAGGUUCUUUCCAUCCAUUAAUAAAGCAGGUGGCCGUACCUUAGAAGAGAAAAUUAAAGAGAUGCAGAAAUUUUUCCACCUGACUGUAACAGGAAAAUUUAAUUCAGAAACGGAGGAAAUGAUGGAUCAGCCAAGGUGUGGCAUCCCCGAUGUAUUAGAUUACAGCACAUUUCCAGGAAAUCCAAGAUGGAGGAAGAAUUUGUUGACUUACAGGAUCCUUAACUAUACACCUGAUCUGCCUCGUUUUAUGGUGGAGAAAGCAAUACAAAAGGCUUUUAAGGUGUGGAGUGAUGUGACUCCACUGAAGUUUCAAAAAGUUGCCGGGAGAGAAGCAGAUAUCCUGAUUCGUUUUGCACAUGGUGCACAUGGCGACUCAUUCCCCUUUGAUGGAAGAGGGGGAAUACUGGCCCAUGCAUUUGCACCUGGCUCAGGGUUAGGAGGAGAUGCUCACUUUGAUGAGAGUGAGAAGUGGUCACAAGAUCAUAUAGGAACAAAUUUGUUCCUUGUUGCUGCACAUGAAUUUGGUCAUUCUUUGGGACUGGGUCAUUCAAAUGUUCAAGGUGCUCUGAUGUAUCCUAUCUAUCGCUAUUGGGACCCAAACACCUUCAGCCUUCCAGCUGAUGACAGACAAGGAAUUCAGAAAUUAUAUGGCCGCAAACGUGAAAACUUCUAAAGAACCCUGGUGUGUUUAAAAAGAAUGAAGAACUCACACCAGAAAUGUUUCGUUUUAUUUCUUCCGUGAAUUAAAAUGGCAAAUGUUUGAAGGGCAAUUUCUGCUCCGUUACAUUUCCUGAGAUUUGAAAACCUCUUUAAAUUUAUUCAGUAGUUUCUGUGAAAAUAAAAAUUCUCUCAGCACUAUUCUGCCAUCCUACAUUCUGUCCUAAACUCAGGUGGGCUGCAUUUCACUGAUGGGUUCAGUGACUCCUGUAUGUACAAUACAUAUACACAGGACAAAAUUCUCAGUUUGGUGCUUGAAGUGCAUCUAACUCCAUAGUUUAGGCUCCUUGUUCCCAGCCCACUCCCUUCUUCCGCUCCCUGCCCUGUACAUACCCAGACUCAGAGUACCCUCCAAAGGGCCCCGCAGAAGGAUGUAAGAUGAUGCAGUGUACACAAUCAAUCCCCGCUUCAGCACCAGAAGGGUUGGAUCCCCACACAGAGGGUCUCUCCCUCCACCCCCAAAUCCCAUGGAGAUCUGAGAGGCAAGUUCUGUUUAGGCACUUAGGGGAUAUGGCCUCAUUCACUGCAGAACUUGAAUGCUUCUCAAGUAUUUAAAUAUGGAGAUCAAAAUUAUGGUACCCCACUCACUCCAUUUUUAUCUCCUCCUUACUCAGUCAGGCUCCUGUGGAAGUCAGGACAAGAUAAAAAAAGAGUAAAGGCCUCAGGAAAUAGCCUAUGGCAGCAAUCCCAAAUGUUUGAAAGCUGAGUCACCCUUCAGGAAAAGGAAAGUAAUCACACAUUGUAACACAGAGACUGGGUCAUAGGCAGUCAGGCCUAGUGGUCAGAGCAGGAGUCAGUCCUAGUUAGAGUCCAAAUGCCAGAGCCCACGGUGGAGUCAGAGCCAGGGAUCAGAGCCAAAGGUCAGAACUGAAGGUAGAGUCCAAAUGCCAUUGCCAAGGGUUGAGUCAGAACCAGAACCAGGACUGAGCAUCAGAACCAGAUUCAAUGGAGUCAGGGAAGGCAGGAGCAGGGUACCAAGGCAGGAGCAAGAUUGGGACAAGACAGGAACAAGGCGCAGGGCAGGGUCUAGCCUGGAGCGAGGCUGGGUGCAGGAUAGGGUCUAGGUUGGAGCAGUUCCAAAGCAAGUCAGGAG